CUGCGCGUCCGCUUGCGCGGCGGCCGUUGGCCCUCGUCCCCGGAGUCACUGGAGGCCAGGCUGGCCCGCUCCGCUGCGCGUGCUCGCCGCGCUCCUCCGGUCACGAUCCUCGCCUCAUCGGCCUCGUCGUGGCGUGACGUCACGCCCGCUGCUCCUCUCCCGCACUCAAUUGACCAUCUCCCUUUGUUCGAUGCUAAGCUUUUCUCGAUUGUUCCCACAGCACCUCGCGUUUCCACCUAUCUACAACCGAUACCGUGA